AUGCUGGAGUGCCAGGGAGGCAAUACGUUCGCAACAGGACUGGGACUCAUAGCUUGCAAAACUGAGAUUGAUCUCGAACACAUCGCGCUGGACCUUGGCUGGCUCGCCGAAGACAAAGAAGGGUCCGUGGAAAUCUAUCUUGGAGACCUUUUGGCUGCAGGUAGACACAUCAAGAGUCUGCACCUCAAGUGGGAUCUGGCCACUAUCUUCAAAGCCUGCCCGAACCUGCGGCAGUUUGGCUAUCAGUUUGGGGACGAAGCAUACACCAAUAAGGAUAUCGAUGAAAGUAUCGAAGACUUCGUGGAGGCUGCCAAGCACCUAAAAGAGCUGCAAAUGGUUCACAUUCGCCUUUCACCUUACUGCACAGUCGGCUUCGCGUCUGAUGAAGGCCAACCCGAGCCCAACCUCAUCUUAACGCAGAUCCAGGGGGCCGCGAACAAGAUUUUCCGUGGACUGCAUCGUAGCUGCCUCAAGCUCGAUGCUAUCGUGUUUGGGCAUCUGGUAGAUUUCUCGACACGACAAGACGAUGGCGAUUGGGGUCCGCUGCCACAGUUCUGCUUCAUCAAGGCUGAGCAGAAGGAUCGACUUGGUCGUGAGACGGCUGUCGGCGUUCCGGUGUCGCGCGCGUUGCUGCGGAAGACACAGCCGUAUACGGAUAUACUGGACAUGGAUCCUGGUUCGGAUGGGUGGGAUCGCUGGGCGUGGCAGGCCACGUCCUAG